AUGACAAAAAAUGGCACAAACAAAGGCAGCAUCAGAUAUAUGAAACUACAAUUUACUGGUUCAUUUAGUGACUCAAUAAUGUAUAAGGAUUCUGUAAGGUUGGUGAUCAAAGACCAAAAAAUUGAGCUAGAAAGAAUCCCCACAAUUAUGGCAGCAAUAGAUCUCUCAAGCAACCAUUUUGAAGGUGUGAUUCCAAAACCGCUAAAGGAUCUUGGCUCACUUAGGCUACUCAAUUUAUGCCGUAACAAUCUCAGAGGUGAUAUUCCAUUGGAAUUGGGGCAAUUGAAUAGGCUUGAAGGGCUAGAUCUCUCUUGGAAUUGGCUCAAUGGAAUGAUUCCACAGCAAUGUGGAACGAGUGAUCCAUCACAUGUUCCUCAGCCAUUGGAGUUGGAUGAAGAAGAUGCUUCAUAUUUUGUGAGUGGAUUUACAUGGGAAUCAGUAGUCAUAGGGUAUAGUUGUGGGUUAGUUGUUGGAACUGUCAUGUGGAGCCUCAUGUUUAAAGCUCGUAAGCCAAAAUGGGUUGUGGAAUUUCUUGAAGGCACUUUUCCCAAGAAAAUGAGAAGGGCACAAAAGAGAAGGCAGAGACGGUGGACUUAA